CAUUAAUUUGGAUCUCCACAUUCCAUCCAUUAAUUUGGAUCACCAAGAUGAUCCAGAUAGGGCGGAGGAAAAUCGAAUUAGGAAGGACGAGCGAAAGCGACGUUACAGAGAGGCGCCUAUUGGGUUACUUCAAACCCAGCAAUCCUGGAUUCAAUGGAACCCAGGUACGGGUUCUCUCGAACCAAGGCACUGGGUUUCUCUUCCGCUUAUAACCCAGCACCUGUUGGGUCCUUUGAACCCAACCGUGGGUUCGCUGGAACCCUAGCGUUGGGUUUGAACCCCAGCACGCCUGGGUUCCAAGCAUGUUCAAUGGAUCACAGGCGCUAGGUUCCUUGGAAUCCAACACGCUUGGGUUUCUCUCUCUCUUUCGCUAAAUUCGUCGUCGAUUUCUUGUUCAGGUAAGCUCUCUCAAUCGUUUAGUUUCGAGGUUUUGUCUUUUCAAUUUGAGAUUACGAUAGAUCGAUUUAUAUUUGGUUGAUCUAAGGAUUUUGUCAGUCUUUCUGAUGUUUUUGUGCUAUUGAAAGUGAGAUCUGUGUGUACAUUAACGAUCUCUAUCGUUGAUUUUGCAAUUUUAAUUUGUUCUAACUUUAGUUGGUUUUAGUGAUUUCUUUAUUUGGUUUCCUGAUCUGGUUUUUUGGUUUCUAGAUCUGUGUUUUAUGAUUCUACUAUUGGUCAAUACCCCAGGUCCAAGUGAUAUUGAUGAAGAUCUCAUAGAUUUUGAAGCAUUAUUGGAUGACGACAAUUUCAUGUCCACAGCAACUUGAAUGCAUCUCUUGGUUCAUUCUCUUGUUCUUGUAAAUCUUCAGUGGCUUGGCUAAUAGUUGCUCUGUUGGUUAGUCAUAAUCUAAUUUAUCUGUAAAUGUUAUUAACAAACUAAUUGUUGUAAUGAUCCAGUACACCUAGAGCCGAAUGGGUAGCAGCAGUAUAACCUAAGUUUGUUUUGGUCUUGGUGCUGCAUGAUUAAUUUAUAGAUAUCCAGUAGUGCUAAUUAGAAGUUGAAGGCAGAUUGCUUCAUUAACUUAUUAAUAUUGAUAAAUGCAAGUUAAUGUC